AUGGAGGCGUUGGAACUUACGUUGGCAGGUAUGGAUGACGACAACUUAACCAAGGUCCACGUCCGGAUGCAGCAGCGAAAUGGCAAGAAAUCCUGGACAACUGUUGCUGGUUUGCCGACAGAAGUGCGCGACCCCAAGUGUGACAAAGUCACCCAAGUCGACUUCAAAAAGAUCUUGAGGUCGCUGAAGAAGACCUUCAACACUAACGGGUCGCUCGUUGAUGGUGGUGAGCACGGCCUUGUUGUGCAGUUGCAGGGUGAUAUCCGGAAGGAGGUGGCCAAAUUCCUGAUCGAAGAGGCUGCCCUCGUCAGCCGGGACCAGGUUAUGAUUCACGGAUGCUGA